AUGUUGUCAUUGCUUCCUACCCUCCUAGUAUGCGCCAUUGGCCUGCUCAGUCUGGUACGGGCGGCAUGUCCUUACGCUCAGCGAGCGGACAUCGACAAAGCACGUCAGCCUUCUCCAGGUAAAGACGGCGUCCUGCUAAUGAAUCGCAUCGCACCGGGGACAUCCAGACUGUACAUUUCAGACCUCGAUGGGAGCAACGAAACACCACUCCUCUCAGACCCCGUCUUCGAAUACCACGCCAGCUUCUCCCCAGACGGGCAGUGGGUUCUCUUCACAAGCGAGCGCAAUGGCGAUGGGAACUCGGACAUCUAUCGCAUCCGAACAAACGGGUCUGAUCUCCAGCCCCUUGUGGUAACUCCUGCAGUUGAGGAUUCCGUCGUGCUAUCGCCGAACGGGACUCUCGCAGCGUAUGUCUCGACAGAGGGCAUGGUUGCAAAUAUCUGGGUGCUUGAUCUGGUUUCUGGGACUCGCCGGAAUCUGACAGAUACACCGGCAGUGACUGCGACAACGAAUUCGAGUCUGCCGCAUGGCUAUUUCAAGCCUUCCUGGUCGCCUGAUGGGCAGUGGAUUGCGUUUUCGUCGGAUCGAAACACCCAGUGGUUGGGUCAUGGUUGGGAUACUUUCUUUGGACUCAGCGGAUGGGAACAUACCCAGGAGCUCUCGAUUUAUGCUAUCCGACCUGAUGGGUCUGGGUUUCGUCAGGUAGUUACUAAAGAAGGGUAUGCUCUUGGUUCACCCAGCUGGUCUCCAGAUGGCAACCGUAUUGCCUUCUAUGAAAUGAGUCGUGAGACCACCUGGGACGCACACAGUUCGUUUGACAUGGCGACUGCAAACUCGUCUAUUGUCUCGGUUGAUUUCAAGACUGGGUCCCAUCGCGUCGUUGAGGUGGACGGUCCAGGCAUCAAGAUCUUUCCGCAGUAUUUGUCUGAUACUGACAUUGGGUAUCUGCUCAAAGGGGGGACCAGUGAAGGGAUAUACACUGGCGGCAUCUAUUACAACACCUCCGAGUCAAUGGCCCGCUCCCCUGCAUGGUCGCCCGAUGGCAAGAAAGUCGUGUACGAGAAAACGGCCUGGAAUGUUCGUCCGCAAGGGAAGCUGCUCUAUAGCUGGGACAGUCGAUGGGAGUACCGCUUCACAGACGUGUUUCCCACCAGCUCGCCCAAGGGCAAUAUUGCACUCACCCAGAAGCAGCUCGGCGACUCCUCGAUCAUCAGCAUGAACGCAACCGGACAGACCCCUGAAAACAUCUUCGACCCCGUCGCGAGGGGCAUCCUGAGCCAGUCCGUCGUGGACAAGGGCACAGGAGGAGCCUUCCAGCCGUCCUGGUCCUCAGAUGACAACUGGAUAACAUUCGGCGUAGGAUACUGGUUCCAAGGCCGGGCCUCCAAUGGGGGCUGGAUCGUGAGAUCCAAACCCGAUGGGACAGACGCACAGAAUCUGACAGAAAGCGCACUCACCCUGACCAACACGACCCUCAACACGGGCUUCCCCAGCUUCUCGCCCGACGGCACAAAAAUCGUCUUCAGAGUCUGGGGUCUGGGUUCGGAAGACGGUAACAAAUCCCAACUCGGCCUACGCAUCCUCGACCUUUCCAGUUCUAAACAUAACGGCUCUCACCAAAUUACCACACUGACAAAUUCAUGGGACACACUUCCAUCCUUCUCACCGGACGGGUCAAGGAUCGUCUUCACGCGCAGAACAACCCCUACAAACUACGACAUCUGCACUAUCCGUCCCGACGGGACAGACCUCCGGGUCCUCACCAGCAGCAACGCAAACGACGCACAUGCCGUGUGGCCGCAGGAUGGCCGGAUCAUCUACUCCACGGGCGAAUACGGCUUCCAGUACGAGUGCGCGCUGUACGACAAUACGUUUCAGCCGUAUGGGCAGAUUAAUAUCAUGGAUGCAGAUGGGCGCAAUAAGCAGGCUUUGACGAAUUCUCUGUGGGAGGACUCCAUGCCGUUGUUUGUUGGUGAGGGUAUUUGA